GAGGAGAUAAAGGGUGAUGUUAGCACAUGUGAUAAGCAGGGGAGAGCUGAUGUGACAAACGUGAAGAUGCAGAAGAACCAGAGACAGCCAACAAGUCGACAAAAGCCACAGACUGGUACAGAGAACAACCUCACUGGAUAUGAAUCACAUAUUAACAGUGUUCAUGUUGCUCUGGAGCUCAGGACUCCAGGCUAAAGAAAAUGAUUCACCAGAAACUGGUAACAUCAGGUUGAUGGGAGGAGCUACCCGCUGUGCUGGUGAACUGGAAAUGAAACUCCACAAUGACUGGAAACCAGUGGAUGAUGACAUUUCGUUUGGCUGGAACCUGAGAACAGCAGCUAUAGUGUGUAGACAGUUGGACUGUGGAUCUGCUGUUUCAACAAAAAUAAAAAACAAGUACUUAGGACCUGUAUGGAAAAUAAAUGCUUCCAGUGUCCAGUCUGGAUCUGCACUGAGAGACUACAUAUCAAUGACAUCCCAGUCUUCCUCUUCCAGCUUGGAGAUCACCUGCUCAGAGUCUGUCAGGCUGGUGAAUGCACCUACUCUGUGUUCAGGCAGAGUGGAGGUCAAAGCUAACCAGUCAUGGUCCUCAGUCUGUAAAGGUGAUUCUGACUCUCAAAAUGUAGAGGUGGUCUGUAGAGAGCUUGGCUGUGGAGCUCCUUUAAAACUCCAGUUGGCGCUCUAUGAAAACAUGAAGACUCUUGAGUGGACAAAAGAGUUCCAGUGCAAAGGCAAUGAGUCCACUCUCCUGGACUGUGAGAGCUAUGAGUCAGCUAGAAACACCUGCUCACCUAUAAGACUCACCUGCUCAGAGCCUGAUAAUGUCAGGCUGGUGGAAGGAGGCAGCCGCUGCGCUGGUACACUGGAAAUGAAACUCCAAGAUGAAUGGAGACCAGUGGAUGGCUUGACGGGGGACCUGAAGUCAGCAGCUUUAGUGUGCAGACAGCUGAAUUGUGGCUUUGCUGUUUCAACUGAAUUAAAGGGAAAAAAUCCCUCUGUGGCAAAAUCUGUGUGGGGGAUCAUUUCCUCCACAGUUCAGUCUGGAUCUGCACUGAGAGAGCGCGUAUCAACGAGGCCGUGGUACUCCUCAUCCAGUCUGGAGAUCAGCUGCUCAGAUCUGCUGUUUCAGCCUAUUAUCUCAGUCUCUCCCUCUAUCGAUGGGGUCUACGAGUCCUCCAGCUUCACCAUCAGCUGCUCCAUUAAACCACAGUACCCAGGAGGCUCUUUCCAGCUCACCUUCACCACCUCCGACACAACACACAGCUACACCCAGAAAGCUGUCACUCACACUGCUCACUUCUUGUUUCCUGCUGCAGAUGACAGACACCAAGGGAACUACAGCUGUGUUUAUCACAUCUUUGUUUUCUCUCAUAACUUCUCCUCAGAGAGCCAGCCCCUCUCUCUCAGUAUCUCAGCCUCUCCAACAGUUUUCAUCAUAAGAUGUGCUGGCCUGCUAUUGACUUUGGCAUUCUUUCUUUCUGCCAUUGGUUUCCUCAAAAAGACCACCAGGGGGCAGAAGCCAGGAGGCCAAGAGGACAUUGAGCUUGAUAAUUAUAACCUUGGUGCUUCCAGAGCUGAAGUUGGGCCAAAUGAAGAGGCAAGGGCCCAGAACAGUGAAAGCAAUAUAAGAGUUUGAGAAAGAAAGAGGCUCACCAUGACCGGCGACAAGA